AAUAAUAAUGAAAUGGAGGAAAAUAAUAUAAGUAUACUGCAAAAUGACAUAAAAGUGAUUAAUAAUGAUAUUCUUUUUUUUUUUAAUAAAUGAUAUGUGUUUGUGAAAUAAUUAUCAAGUAUAUAUAGAGUUAAAAUGUGAUAAUGAAAUAGGAGAAGACUCCCCAUUAAGAACUCAUAAAUUAUCUCUAUUUUAUAUGGGAAGAGGGGUAGGACACCAAAAUAUUAAAAAUUCCAUUUUACCCUCAUUACAUCUCUAUUCUAACUACUUACUUUAAUUAAAAAAUAAAAAAUUUAAAAAUAAAAAAAGGAAACUACCUAAUUAAUUUUAAAAAUAAAAAAAGACAUUACAAAAAGAUAACCAUCAACAAUUCAAAGACUUUAUAAACAUCAUACUUUUCUACGUUCGAUCUCCCGAAGUCAAAAAACAACUUAUAAACAUACUUUUCAACUAUAUCUAUAGUUCCGUCUAUAUUUUGCUAUAAAUAAAUGAUCAGCUUCAAAGCAUAACGUACUCUCAACCCCAUUGUAGCUUAUUCUUGCUUUGUCGCUCGCAUCAUUUAGUACCCAAAAAACAGAAAAGAGCAAGCAAGGUAGUUAUACAAAGAUAGAAUGAGCCCAACACAAUCCACAACAACAAACAACCAAUAUGACCGAAAAAGUGAACUACAAUCCUUUGAUGAAUCAAAACUAGGUGUUAAGGGACUCAUUGAUUCAGGCUUGUCUAAGGUCCCUCGCAUGUUCGUGAAUGACCUAGACCACAAUUGCCCUGAUCAUGAACCCAACAACGCCAAGCCAAACACUGAAUUCACCAUACCAACCAUCGAUCUCGAAGGGAUCGAAAGCGAUCCCGAAAAGCUUAAUAAUGUGGUGAAAGAAAUCGGGGAUGCUUGUGUGAAUUGGGGUUUCUUUCAAGUGGUUAACCAUGGCAUCCCUCAAGAUAUCGUAGAUGAUGUUAUUGAUGGGGUGCGUAGGUUCCAUGAGGACGAUGUUGAGGUUAAAAAACAACAUUACACUCGUGAUGUGCAUGGUAAAAAGUUUUUCUACUUUUCUAAUUACUACUUGUACACUGGCCCCGUAGCCAAUUGGAGGGAUACAAUUACCGCUUUCAUGGCUCCGGAUCCUCCUCAACCUGAGGAGCUACCACUUGUUUGCAGGGAUAUAAUGUUCGAGUACUCUAAGCGAGUGACGAAGCUAUGCCACACUUUGUUUGAACUAAUCUCAGGGGCUCUAGGUCUUAGCCCCAACCAUUUGAACGACAUGGACUGCGCCGAGCACUUGAUGCUGCUUGGCCACUAUUACCCACCAUGCCCUGAGCCAGACGUAGCCAUUGGGUUCGGUAAACACGCUGAUAAUGAUGUGCUAACCGUCCUCAUCCAAGACCAAGUUGGUGGCCUUCAAGUUUGGCAUCAAGAUCAAUUGGUUGAUGUUCCUCAUAUCCCUGGUGCUCUUGUCAUCAAUACUGGAGAUCUUCUUCAGUUGAUUACAAACGACAAAAUCAAGAGUGUGUAUCAUAGAGUGAAAUCAACUAACGUGGGUUCCAGAACUUCAGUGGCAGCAUUUUUUAAGCCACAACCAACUAAUACAAGAGAUUACGGUCCAAUAAAGGAGUUGUUAUCCGAAGAAAAUCCACCAAUAUAUCGGGAAAUCACCAUAAAUGAAUAUCUUGGCCAUUACUUUAGCAAAGGUCAAGAUGGAAGCCCUGCCCUUGAAUAUUUCAAGAUGUGAUAAUGAGUGUUCACUUUGGAUCGGAUUCAAUUGAACUUAGCACUUCACUUGCUUCAUAUACUUUUAUAUGUCAAUGUACUACCUCUGUUUUUCAAAUUAUAUUCGUACGUAAAAGAAUAAAAAAUUUCCCAUACCUUGUUAUGUUUUGGAAAUGUCACUAUAUAAGAACUGAUUAUUGGA